AUGAUGCUAAAUCCAUAUCCUGCAGACCAAGGAUAUAGCCCUUCCGCACCACCCAUGAUGCCGCAGACUACUGCGGCCGCGUCUCACCCACAGCCCAUUGCUCCUCCAGCUGGUGGAUGUGUACCCCCAGUCCUUCUUCCUAUGCCUCAUGGUCCUAUCACCUCCAAGUUGGGUGUGUCCUCUCCAUAUGGCCCUGGAUCGCUCAUGCAGGCCAACCCUGUCCCUUAUGAUGAAGACCAGCCUACUCGCGUUGUCGGGUCUCAACGUCGCCGUGGAAUCUUGCCAAGCGCUCCCGGUCGACCUGUGGCCCCAACUGCUGGAGCUGGUACAAAAAGCACAGUCACUCCAAUCAAGGAUGCGGACGGCAAGUUCCCUUGCCCCCACUGCACCAAGUCCUACUUGCAUGCAAAGCACUUGAAGCGCCAUCUUCUUCGCCGUAAGUCCAACACUGGCGAUCGCCCUUACAUGUGCGUGCUUUGUCAUGAUACGUUUUCUAGAAGUGACAUUUUGAAACGUCACUUUCAAAAGUGCUCAGUUCGCCGUGGACAUCCCACCGGUGUGAGCCACUUGUCCCACCCUCAGGCUCAUGUUAAGCAGCAUGGUCAGGCUGAGAAGGCUGAUGGUCUCGGUAACGAUGGUGACAUGGACCACCUCAACGGUUUAAACAACAUGUCCUCCGGCGUGGCUCAUCCCUUUGGCAUGCCUCCCGUCUCUGACGACAUGCACAAGAUGACCGGUGACCAGAAUCAUCUGUCUCGCUCCAGCAGCGCCAGCCAGGGCCGAAAUGAAAUGGCCCCCAACAUGGGAGUCCCUCAGCCCUACGGGCGAAUUUUUCUUCAUGAAUAA